AUUUAUAUAUGUAUAUGUCUAUAUAACAGAAAUAUUUGUUAGGGAGUCACUGUAUUGUUUUUUUUUGCAGUUGAAAUUAAUUUGAAUCGCCAUGAGAGCUCUUCAAGCAUCAACCUCUUACAGUGUCGGCAUUUCGUCCUUCGCAACCCCUCCACGGCGUUUCCGUCACCGUCAUGUAAUCGUCGCAAAAGUGGAACCUACGGACAAGUCUGUUGAAGUAAUGAGGAAGUUUUCGGAGCAGUAUGCUCGUAGGUCGGGAACUUAUUUCUGUGUUGACAAAGGAGUCACCUCUGUUGUUAUCAAGGGAUUGGCAGACCAUAAAGAUGCAUUGGGUGCACCACUUUGCCCUUGUAGGCAUUAUGAUGACAAACCAGCUGAGGCAGGUCAGGGCUUCUGGAACUGUCCAUGUGUUCCCAUGAGAGAGAGGAAGGAGUGUCACUGCAUGCUUUUUCUAACCCCUGACAAUGAUUUUGCUGGCCAGGAACAGACCAUCUCCUUGGAAGAAAUCAAAGAAUCAACAGCAAAUAUGUAAUGCUGUAGUGUAUUGUAUCAGCUUGCUUGAACAAUCAUGAAUUGUCUGUAUAUUUGUAUUCUAAUCAACAACCAAUUCUGGUUA